AUGCGCUCUGUGGCUCUUUCCAGCGCCCCCCGUAGGUGCAGAAGGAUGACUGACUGCUACCGCCCCCCUGGGAACGAGACGCUGCUGAGCUCCACAGCCUCACGGUCCACAGGCACCGCCUUCCUGCUGCUGGCAGCGCUGCUGGGGCUACCCGGCAAUGGUUUUGUGGUGUGGAGCUUAAUGGGCUGGCGGCCUGCUCGGGGGCGACCGCUGGCUGCCACUCUCGUGCUGCACCUGGCGCUGGCCGAUGGCGCGGUACUGCUGCUCACACCCGUUUUUGUGGCCUUCCUGGUGAGGCAGGCGUGGCCGCUGGGCCAGGCGGGCUGCAAGGCCGUGUACUACGUGUGUGCGCUCAGCAUGUACGCCAGCGUCUUGCUCACCAGCCUGCUGAGCCUGCAGCGCUGCCUCGCUGUCACCCGCCCUUUCCUGGCGCCUCGGCUGCGUAGCCCGGCCUUGGCCCGCCACCUGCUGCUUGCCGUCUGGCUGACCGCUCUGUUGCUCGCAGUCCCAGCCGCCGUCUACCGUCACCUCUGGGGGGACAGCCUGUGCCAGCUGUGCCACCCGUCGCGGGCCCACACCGCCAUCCACCUGAGCCUGGAGACUCUGACCGCUUUCGUACUGCCCUUCGGGAUGGUGCUCGGCUGCUACAGCGUGACACUGGCGCGACUGCGGGGCGCCCGUUGGGGCUCCGGGCGGCAGGGCACGCGGGUGGGCCGGCUGGUGAGCGCCAUCGUGCUCGCCUUCGGUUUGCUCUGGGCCCCCUACCAUGUGGUCAACGUUGUGCAGGCGGUGGCUGCUCUGGCUCCACCCGAAGGGGCCCUGGCGAAGUUGGGCGGCGCAGGCCAGGCAGCACGAGCUGGAACUACGGCUUUGGCCUUCUUCAGCUCCAGCAUCAACCCGGUGCUCUACCUGUUCACUGCAGGGGAUCUGCUGCCCCGCGCAGGUCCCAGCUUUCUCACGCGGCUCUUUGAGGGCUCCGGAGAGGCCCGAGGAGGCGGUCGCUCUAGGGAGGGGACCUUGGAGCUCCGAACUACCUCUAGACUCAAAGUGGUGGGGCAGGUUCGGGGCAAUGGAGACCCAGGGGGCGGGGCAGCAAAGGAGAGUCAGGAGGGGGAUCCUUGAC